AGAACAACUCUUGCACGCUAUAAAACAGAUACCCCGCCUACACACCAAGCACAAGUCCGACCAAAAGACAUCUUGAAAAUGCCUGUCCACCCAGCUGAAGAGACCGCCUCUGGCAACAUCACCGACCAGGUAGCCAAGGAGUCGUCCGACUCGACGGCGUCGACGCACCAGCACCACGACACCGACACGCACGCCACGUCGGGCGGCAGCCUACAUGCCCAGGCACACAAGGCCAACCCAGGCCCCGUGGUGGCGGACAACCUGCCUACGCCUGCGAGCAAGGAGGAGCUGAAGAAGAGGGCCGAGGAGUUGAACCAGUAGAUACACUCUACAUACGGGUAGUAGAAAGUAGCAUGAAUGGAAAACACCUAUACACGACUGUACACAUGUGCCUGUUUUCCUUGUUGCAUGUGUGAAAGCAAGUGGGAUGGUCGCUACAUCAUGAUACUACACCACACGACACCAUAGCAUACCAUUCACCAAGCAAAAGAAGCAACUAGAGGAGCAGAAUAUUGCAUUCCUUGAUCCACUUCUCUCAUAUCCGCUAUAAAUAAUCC